AUGGAUGUGCGGAUCGAGAUAAGGAUCGGGAUGACACAGAAAUUGACGCGGCCCCCAGCGACGGCUACGUCUGUCCCAGCUGCCCAUUUCCAUGGUACGCCCUGCGCUAUCCUGGGGAGGUGUCGAGACAGCACCGCCGAGGGCGGAGGCUCUUCGACCCAUCAAGUGGUCAGCCCAAAUUCGCAGACAAGGUGUUGA